CCUCCCUCCCUCUACAGGCUAAGAAAUCGCAGGCCCGAGGAGGAGCUUGAGGUGCAGCUUCAGGAGGAUGGACUCCACUGAUUUGGGUGUUCCUGUGAUAUUUUUAGGAGGAGGCGUUCCUGACGAGAAACACCCCUCGGGGCGCUGGUGCCUAAAUGGAUUCGAUGGUUGUGGUGGUCUGUGGCAUCUCUGUGUUUCAGGCCUCAAUAAGAAGAUGGGUCAUGGGUAACGGUGACAAAAGGAAGAAAGAAAGGACGAAACCACGGAUUUAUUCACUGAUAUCAUGGGUAGCGGUUUAGCACAUGAUCUUGUUGAUCCCCUUAUAUCCAUGAGGGACAAUUAUCUCCUAUUUCUUCCAUCAUUUGCGUUUAUACCAGUCCCUGCAAGUAUUAAACCUGCAAGAAGUUUCCUUCAUCACACUUCCACUUCAACUACAUGCCUUUGCAGGGUUCUCUGGUGGUCUCUCCUUAUGCUGCACACAUCAAGUACAGUACCGAAGCUUGCAUUUCCGGAUUACACUAUCUACAAUGUUAACUCUCAUAACCAUACAAAGGUACCCUACGAGUGUGCGUGGUACCGGCCGUCAGCGAGGCCGUACUCCUUCCUCGCCUUCUUCGGUUCCGCAGCAUCAUCAUGGCCUCCAGGAUGUUGCUGCAGCCCGCAGUUUCUCUUUUUCCACCUGUGCCCAUUGUGCCUUCGUCCAGGUCUGGUUCUCCGGUUGGUGUUAGGCCUUCAUUACCGACGGUUGGGACUUCUUCCCGGUAUGUUGGCCCAAGUUCUGCACAAGAUUUGGUUCAGGAAGUGGCCUGAAUACCAUUGGAUAAUUUCUACAGAGUAUUUGCAUGUUCAGCUAUUGCAAGAACUUUCCCUCAUGUUUGGCAGAAAUGGCUAUUCUCUAGCAUCCUUUAAUAUGUCCACAGAACUAUCGGUACUGGAAGAUUACUUCGCAAUAGAUUGAUCCUAGAGGAGAUACAGUAUGAUAAAGUUGAUCUCAGAAAUAUGGCUCCAUCAGAAGUUAGAUGCAGAACAACAUCGUUCGUUCACAUGCAAGAUCUUUUCUGUGGCUGUCCACCCUUGACAUAUUGUUGGAUUUUUGUUAUAUGUACCUUGAACACUCAGUUGAUCUACGCUGUUUAUCACUGGUUUUUUCUCCUGCUGAAAACAUCCAGUUUCCUGCUCAUUCUAGCGGUGGAGUUCCUCAUGGCAAUAGGCUUUAAGAUAACUAGCUCUGGAGUACAAGUGCUGCCAGUAUUUUGUAUUGGGGCCUUUUGAGAUCAUGUGUUAUGUCUAUAAAUGCUAUGGAGCUGUUUUAACUGGAAUUAUGUUUCAGUUUUAGCAUAUCAUCAGAUGGGACCAAUUACUGAAUUAGUGGUUUUUAAACACAGAAUCAUAGGCAAAACUGGAAUUUUAAACACAGGAUCGUCCAGCGCUAAUAAGUAGAGAGGUGCUACUGAUUGCAGGACCAAGACAUUUCUCCGGUACCGAACUUCAGGGUAUCUGCAGAUGACAGAUCCUUCUGUAAUUCGCUUUCUUUUGCAUGGUUCGAACUUGGAACAUAAUCAAUAUGUGUAUUGGAGAACAGCUUGCACUUCUUUUGUUUC